AUGUCUCUCAGCAAACACAUUGAUCCCGAGGAGCUCAUCGAGCAAGCCGCUGAUCAUCCUAUCCUUAGCUUGCUUGAGCAUCCCUCCGGCAGGAAGGCUCAUACUUAUCAUUCAGGUGCCCAUGCUGGAAGAUAUGUGACGGAGCCCAUUCCGAAGUACAAGAUCCCGGAGAGGGGGACUGGUGCUCAGGCUACUUAUCAGCUUUUGAACGCGGACCUCUCUCUCGACGGCAAGCCGACCUUGAACCUGGCCUCUUUCGUCCACACCUGGAUGCCGGAGGAAGCAACCAAACUCAUGACGGAAACGAUGAUGAUCAACUUGUGCGAUCAAGACGAGUACCCGGCCACCAUGGCCAUCCAUGCUCGCUGCGUAUCCAUGCUCGCCGAUCUUUGGAAAGCUCCGACGGAAACGGAUGCCACCACUGGAAAACGUCAACCAGCCAUGGGAGUCGCCACCACCGGUUCGUCGGAAGCAAUCAUGCUUGCGUGUCUAGCAGCGAAAAAACGAUGGCAGCAUCGCAUGCGAUCCCAGGGUAAAUCGUUCAAAGAGCCCGGACCGAACAUGGUUUUUGGUUCCAACGCCCAGGUUGCGAUCGAGAAGUUUGCGCGCUAUUUCGAUGUCGAGGAGAGACUGGUGCCGGUUAGUAGAGAAAGCCGGUACUGUUUGGAUGUGGAAAAGGCGGUGGAGAUGGUGGAUGAGAAUACGAUUUGUGUAGUCGUAAUCCUCGGGUCGACGUAUACGGGACAUUAUGAAGAUGUCGAGCGGAUGGCAAGCUUGUUGGAUGAGUAUGAGAGCAAGACGGGGAUUAGUAUUCCGAUUCACGUAGAUGGAGCAAGUGGAGCAAUGGUUGCUCCUUUUGCAACUCCCGAGUUGAAGUGGGGUUUUGACAUCGAGAGGGUCAAGAGCAUCAAUACUUCUGGACACAAGUUUGGCAUGGUGUAUCCGGGUUUGGGGUGGGUCUUGUUCCGAUCCAACGACCAGGUGCCGAAGGAGUUGGUGUUUGAGCUGCAUUAUUUGGGUUCGGUCGAGUAUAGUUUUGGACUGAACUUUAGUAGGCCCGCCCAUCCGGUGAUUGGUCAGUUGUUCAACUUUAUCAAUCUUGGCUUUGAGGGGUAUAGGAGAGUUAUGCAAGCUGAUCUUCAGAAUGCUAGGCUUCUGUCCAGGGCGUUGGAGAAGAGCGGAUACUAUGAAGUUUUGUCCGAGAUCCACAAACCCCUCCCAACCCCAUCCUCCACCGCCACUGCCGCUGCGGGAGCUAUCAAGGAGGCCGCAUCAAAGGUUACCGGCUCGCACACACACCAGCAUCCGAUCGACCAACAUUCCGCCGAAUUCUACUGCCCCGGUCUUCCCGUAGUAGCCUUCCGUUGGUCCGAAUCCUUCCGAACUCGCAACCCGCACCUCGAACAGCAUUGGAUGCAGACCUUGCUUCGCGCCAAAGGUUGGAUCGUUCCCAAUUACAACCUCAGUCCGGAUCUGGAGAAAGUCGAGAUUUUGAGGGUCGUCGUUAGGGAGAAUCUGAGCGAGAGUAUGAUCGAACAGUUGGUGUAUGAUAUUGUUACGAUUACCGAGAGUUUGGAGAAGGAUGGCAAGCAAGGUGGGUAUAGAAACUUGGCCGAGGUGGGGGAGGAGAGGCAUGUCGAAGGGGGAGCCGGUGGCAAGAAUGGCGCUCAUGAUAAUCACAGGGGUGCCUUGCCCAGGGGUAGUGGUGUCAAGGCCAAGGGGUAUAGUAAGCAGUGUUGA